AUGGCGUUGGCGUGGGUGCUAGCAUCUGUGUUUCUCAUGCGCAUGGUGGCUCGGAUUAGCCUCAGAGUCUGCGGUGCGCACGCAAGUGCCAAUGUCGUCGGGGCAGCAGCAGCAACAUCAGUGAGGCCAGUGUUCAUCUGGGCUCUCCGUGUCACAAUGCUAACCCCCCGCACGGCAGUACUGACCCCCCACUACACCGUAUUCUUUCCAUUCCCCUCGCUCCCUGCACUCGCCAACCUUAUCAAGCUGCAACCCUUCCUGGUGACCUUGUCUCUUCCCGCACUGAUCUUCUCAGCCUUGACACGCAUGCUCACCCCGCUCCUCCGCAGGAUGCGCCUCUACGUUGCCGACACCGAUGCACUCGCCAGCGGCUGCGUUUGUGCGCGUGGCGUGCUACCAGAUGUGCUCGUGUUCGACAGCGCGGUGCCGCAGCCCGACGCACCCCCCAAAAUGUACUCCUCGAAUUCGAGGCCACGCGCGGACGCACCGCUCCCGCCACCGCAAUAG